AUGCAUCUCGUUUUACUUUUAUACAUCUUAUAUAUUAUUUGUCAUGAGUACUUAACAAAAUGUAUAUAUUUAAAAAAUGCACCAAAAAUAGACUUAAACUUUUUAAGAGUACAUUUUGAUAGCAUAAAAAGAAAACGACUUAAUAAGAAUGUUAAUUUAAAAAUAGAGAAACAGAUUAACGAUAUUGUGUUGGGACAAAUAGAUGAAAGGGGAAAAAGAAAAACGCUGUUAACCAAACAUGAAUGCACAGGAAAGGAAGACGAUGAUGAUAGUGAAAGGGGGGAAAGGAGGGAUAUACGAAGAAAACUUUUUCUGAAAAAUAUUUGCUCAUUAAUAAAUGAUGAAAAUGACGAAAAGACGAAGGAGCUAGAGGAAUUGAAAAUAAACUACAGCAGUUUGAUAAGUCCAAGGAUUAGCAGUGUUAGCAGUGUUGGCAGUGUUGGCAAUGUUGGCAAUGUUGGCAGUGUUGGUAGUGUUGACAAUGUUGGCAGCACAGAUGACGGUUCUGCGUUUGCUACCCCGCGCAAGGACUUAAUACAGGGAAUAAACGUAGAAAACCAAGAAGAGAUACAACUCGUGGAAGCCUACUGGUUGUGCACACUGAGGAACAAAUAUUUUUUUUCAUUUUUAAAAAAUAAAAAAAAUUUACUAUUCAGUGUAAGUGCAGGUGUAGAUUCACUGUGUCUUCUUUAUUCCUUCCUUUUUGUUAUUUACAAAAUUAUAAUAACGUAUGCACACAAAGAUAGCGACAGUUAUACAUCUUUAAUGAACAGAAUAAACAGUGCAUAUACCUACACUCAUGUAGAUAUUAGCAAAUUAAUUUACAGAAAUAAAUCUGAGCAUGUUCAUUUUUUUGCCUCCAUUUUAAAAAACAUUACUGUUCUUUAUUGCAAUCAUAAGACAAGAGAUGAAUGCAAGACAGAAAGGAAAUUUUUAAAAAAUAUUUGCAAGAUUUACAAUUUGAAAUUUAGAACGAAAAUAUUAACAAGUAGUAGUUUGAGGAAGAUGAGGAAGAAAAAUGAAAGUCAGGGCGUUAAUAAAAAUAUGAACAAUUUUUUACUGUUAGCAAGGACCUGGCGAAGGAAUUCGUAUGUGGAGCUAACCAGGCAGAUAUGCAAAGAGGAGAAGAGUGGUUCGGAUGAUGAAGCGGUAGAAGUGGCAAAAGAGAUGGUUAAAUCUGUAGAAGGGAUGGCUGGUCAAGUGGUGGGUGACCGAGUGAGGGGAAGGAUUUUCCAAAUGGUGAAUGCCCUCCCCUGUACAUUGGGCAUAAGGCACAACUAUACGUACAAAAAGUACACGUCAGCUAUAGACACAUACAUAAGGAUUAGUUGUAAGAAAAAUAUUAUGAACAUAUUGUUAAGAAGCCAAAGUAUGAAUGAGAAGAAUUUUCAUUCCUUAGACAGUACUAUUUGGAAUGUUUUGAAAAAAAUUAAAUCUCUAGUAUUUAUAGGUCAUCAUAAAAAUGAUAGCAAUGAAACUGUGUUGUUUCAAUUUUUUAGAGGAAUAUUUAUUAAAAAUAUAAGGGGUAUAACAUACCUAACAUAUUUUAAAAACUGUUUCUUAUACAGACCUUUUGUUAAAUUAAAUAAAAUAAGCCUUUUUAACUACAUGAGAUCUAUAAAUAAAAGUUGGAUGUUCGAUCGAUCAAAUGAAAAGAUUCAUAUUUCAAGAAAUUUUCUUAGACAUGUUGUAAUACCGAACAUAUCUUUCGUAUUAAAGGAUAAAGGGGGUGUGAAAAGUAGAUUAGACACCUUUUCACCAAGCGUUGAUGGUAGUACGCCUACUUUUUCAUCUCUUUAUAUGAACAACGAUACGAUAUUAUCUGCGUCUGAUCAAAGAUAUAGUGAAGAGAAAAAAAAAAAAAAAAUGAACAUAAAUGGAGAUCAUAACGUGAAUAACGUGAAUUGCACGAGCAGCAUGAAUAGCUCGAGCAGCAUGAAUAGUUCGAGCAGCAUGAAUAGCUCGAGCAGCAUGAAUAACAACGUAAAUGUAUCUGACAAAAAUUCCGAAAUGAGAGGGUGCCAUGUGUACAUGUACCCCUCUUUAGAUAAGCGAAUAAAAAAUUUGGUAUCUCAAGCAAAGAAUUUAGAAGAACAUGUGCAUUAUCAUAAUAACAUAUUUAAUGCAUACCUAAAAAAUAAAUAUUACGAUUCUGUAAGUAGAAGUACUACUGGAGAUAAUAUCUUUAUUAAUGAGUAUACAAAAAUGCAGAAUAGUUUGUAUGACUCCUUCUUUUUAGAAAAAACAAGAAACGAUUUAAUUACAAUCAAUAAAAUCAUGUAUCAAAAUAAUGUUUAUUUAAAAAUUUUUAACUUUCUUGAGUUUUUACUUUUACCUUCAAAAUUUAUUCAAAUGGAAAUACUAUAUAAUAUCGUAAAAAAGUAUGCAAGUGGCUCUUUUAGUUAUAGGCACAUUGAACGGGUUUACAAUACGCUGUUUUUAUUUGUACGCCAGAAUUAUUUAUAUGGGCAUGCUCAAAUGUGUAAAGAUGGUGUCAAUAUGAAUAACGAAUAUAAGUUAAAACAAAACGAGCAUUUCGCAAAGAAGAGCAAUAGUGAGGAUAUGCAAACUGUGAUAUACGCAACUCCACAGCAGACGCAAUUGAAUCGAAAGAAUGACAUGAAGCAGAAAUUCAUAACUAUAGAUCUAAACGCCCGAAAUAAAAUUCUCGUUAAUAAUAAUUUUUUCCGGAUUAUUAACAUUCCCAGUAAAGAGAAGGAAGAUGUAGAGGGAAACAUGGAAAAAAAAAAUGUACCACAUGAAAUUAGACAGAAAAGUUCCAUUAUAUAUAUUCAUGAUAACAUAUCAGCAACGAUUACCCGUAUAUAUAGAAAAGAUAUUAUUAAUGCAAAGGCAGAGAUACAAAAAAAAAAAAAAAAAAAAAAAAAAAACAUACCUACUUAUUCAUUCGAAAGAGAAAAAAAAAAAAGAAAGAGAAGUUUCACAUACAUAUUCGCUAUUUAA